AUGGAGGCUUCGUGGGGUGCAGAUCCACUUGAAUAUGCUGGCGGCUUUAGAAACCUCACUUAUGAUCCAGACGCAAAAUUCCCCAGUGCCUUACCAGCGAAUGGGACUGCGUCGUGGAACAUCACCAAGGCCAAGCAGACCCUAAGCACUACUGGCUCAGCUAAUGCAUCUUUGAGCAUUAGCUACUCAAACGUGGAUUGGGACUUUUUGAAAGUCGUUUAUGGAUGGGCUGCCGUCCAGUAUCAGGCCUGGGUGCGCGGUGAGAUUGUCGUGGGCGGCAACGAUACUCAGACUGGCAUCUUACAUACAGACUCUAUCCUAGAGUAUUGGAUCGACGACAAGCAUUACUUUGGGGGUGACUACUACAGCUUCCGGCAUGCGCCUCCUGUGUUGCAUCUUACGCCUGGCUCACACAGAAUUGACAUUCGUCUGGUCCGCGACGUAAGAGCCUUUGGGGGUAUUCUAGAGCCAACCAUUGACGUCUUGGUCGACAUACGACAAGUGACUGCAUUACUCGAACUUGCGAAGCCUGGAAUUCUAAUGUCUGACGUCAUAAAUGGAAGGCCCGCCUCUACUAUUGGGUCUGUAUCCCUGAGGAAUAGCGGGCAAGAGGAUAUUGAGAUCUUGGGCAUCCAACGGUCCAUUGCCAGCUCCCAAAUUCCCUUUGCAGAGCGAGACAUUACUGGUCAGACUCCUUUCAAAGUAGACUUGGAUGUCGCUGACCAGAGGGACCCCAUGUCCUCAGAUAAUCAUCGUCGUACCUUCCCCAUGACCAUAGUUCCUGGUCAAACGAGGCCUGUGCCAUUCGAAGUUCUUCCAGUAGCCGUUAAUACGUCUACUGUGGACUAUGAGAUAAAAUAUAGAACAGUUGGUAGCACUGACUCUUCGACAAUCGGUGCUUCCCAGCCCCUUAACCACGUAGACCUUUAUGCGCCUCAUAAGAUUACAUUCCUCCAUCCAGGUGGUAUAGUGUCUUAUGCUAUGCUUCGGCCUCCUGCCAAGAACGCAACUUGCACAUCUAAUCGCUUGAAACUACCGGUUCUUCUGCAGCUUCAUGGAGCAGGAGUUGAAGCUGAAAACCCCAUGGUCUAUCACGCACUGGACCCUGUAUCAGACCUCUGCGCGUGGGUGUUGUUCCCGACAGGCGUCACUACAUGGUCUGGCGACGACUGGCACAACUGGGGCUUCGCAGAUGUGGAAGCAGCGAUUGCAGCGAUUCCGGAUUGGAUUGAGAAUAACAACUGGACUGGCCCUGGUGUUGAUCUGGAUCGCUGGAUAGUUUCAGGCCACUCCAAUGGUGGUCAAGGGACUUGGUUCGCCUUGACACAUCGUCCAGACAAGGUGCUGGCUGCGGCCCCGGUCUCUGGAUAUAGUAGUAUCCAGAAGUAUGUCCCAUUCGAACUUUGGCAGGGCGCAGACCCCAGACGCAAAGAGAUUAUUAGCGCCUCCCUAAACAGUUAUCGUCAUGAACUGCUGAUGCCGAACGUGCGAGGCAUUCCUAUCCAGCAGCAGCAUGGUGCGAUUGAUGACAACGUACCAGCGUAUAAUUCGCGCCUACUAGCGCAACAAAUCCAUCAAGAGAACGCCAAGUCGAGUUUCAAUGAGGUCGUUGGCUUCAGCCAUUGGUGGGAUGGAGUCAUGACUACACCACAAUUAGUCAGCUUCUAUUACAGCCAGACAAAUAGCGAGGAUAUCAUGCCACGAAAACUGAGGCAAUUCAGCUUUCUUGUUGGUGAUCCCGGCGAUAUGGGCAGCAAAGGCGGAAUCAGGGUGAAGCAUCUAGAAGACCCCGGACGAUAUGGACGAGUCAGCGUUCGAGGAAAUAUUAUCAAGACUUCGAACGUGCAAGAUCUUGAAUUCGACAUUGUUCUUUGGAACGAGUCGGUGACAAUUGAUCACAAAAGGUUGGAACUCUCAGGAGAGGCAGUAGCCAGUGUCUACAAGUCGGCCGACGGUUGGACUCUUAGCCCAGCUGGGAAAGAAAUUGGACGUGUCCAACGAAACGGCCUUCAGCUGGGCUCCAUGACUGCCAUUCUGCGUACCCAAGGCUCUUUUAUCAUCCGACAUCCAGCGUCUUCAGCCGCAUCGCAUAUUGCUCUGCAGGUUUCCCGCAAUCUCCACCAAUACUUCAAAGCAGACACGCAAAUUCUCCCCUCUACAUCAAGUUCCAUCCCUUCAGGCUCUUCUGGCAAUGUCAUUACUCUAGGUAUCGCCGAUAGUCUCCCGCCAUUCCAGUCUAGCUUCCCUGUCCGUGUCGGUGAAACCGGAGUCACUGUUCGUGAUUAUCAUGGCCAAGAACACCAGUAUAGGGAGGAGGCCCGUGGUGCUGCGUUUCUGCGCCCACUUGAAGGUGAACGACUGGAAUUGGUUCUUUGGGGCUCUGACGAGGCAGGACUGCAGCAGGCGGCGCGGGUUUUGCCCCUGAUGACAGGUGUAGGGCAACCAGAUUUUGUGGUCUUAGGUGAAAGUGCAAGAUGGAAAGGUAUUGAGGGUGUGCUGGCUAUGGGCUUCUUUGAUUCCAACUGGGAGAUUACUCCGGCUAGUGUCAUUGACAGUGACAUUGACACGUAUCAGGCUGAUGAUUAGGUGUAACUUCUGAUACCAUGGACUGUGUAUAUAAGUAAUGGACGGCAUGCACGUGUGAAGCCACAUACCUAUUGUUAGUGUCUUCACUCUCCGCUUUCAAAGCUAAACGUCGCUCUAAGAAUUAAAAAGGCUGCUUAUAUAUUUCAAUUAAAUUUUCUUUCC